AUGGAAUCUGCGUAUCUUCAAAGCUACCUUGGAACUUGUCUAACUCAAGGUCUCGCAGAAGUGGCAAGGGUGCGCCCAGUGGAUCCAAUAGAAUAUUUAGCACUGUGGAUUUGCAAAUAUAAGGAAAACGUGGCCAUGGAACAGCUGAAACAAAAGGAAAUGGUUGAAUUGGAGCGUGAAAGAGAAUUAGCUCUCCUGGAGCAGGAAAUGAUGGAGCGGCUCAAGGCAGAGGAGCUCUUGUUUCAGCAGCAGCAGUUGGAGUUCCAGCUGGAGUUGGAAAUACAAGAAAAGGAGAAACAGAGAGCAGAAGAACUUCGAAGAGCCCAAGAACAAUUAGAGAAG